AUGUCCGCAGUUGCAGCCACUGCCAUCACUACCACAACCGCGAAAGAAGAAAAAACGACGAGUAAGGAAGAAAAAGGAGUCUUCUCAUCCGCCGGUGGUCGAUCUGCCUCCAUUGGCUACACCGCCGCAGCCGCGCAACUCACCUCCGCAGCCGCGCAACUCACCGCCGCCGAUGACAAGGUCAUGGGCAGAUGUGACAAGAAGGCCACUGCAAAAGCGGCCUAA